CUAUUGAAGGACCGAGAGAGACGCAACCUCUGAGCAAUUACUACUACCUACGUUCUAUCUGUGGAAACAUUAAACCACAACUAAUGUCGACAUUUCUGACAAAGACAGUGACAGGAAGAAGGCUUGUGAUUGGACCCUGAGGCUGGCAUGCUCACUAGGGCCGGAAAAGAAACCUGCCUUCUCAUUGGAUGCUCUGCAGCAGCAAAUCAAGUUCCUGGACGGUAGAUGAGAGAGAGGUAGAGAGAGAGCUGCGGAAAGGUUCAGCGGGGAUGUCCUCCUGAGAAAGUAGUGCAGUAGUUGUUCUGCUGAGUGCUUGGCAGGUUGUGGUAAGCCACUACAGCAGAAGAGUGCCAUGGCUUCGCUCAGCCCUUUCAGCGGACGGUCCACUACGGACAUUCGGAACCUGAUGCAAAGGCUGCAAGAUGAGCAGGAGUCGGUCCAGAAAAGAACGUUCACAAAGUGGAUUAAUUCACAUCUGGCCAAGCGUAAACCUCCUUUAGAAAUCAAUGACCUUUUUGAGGACAUCAAGGAUGGGGUGAAACUGCUGGCUCUGUUGGAGGUGCUGUCUGGGCAGAGAUUACCAUGUGAACAGGGUCGGCAGUUGAAGAGAAUCCACUGGGUGUCCAACAUCGGCAGUGCUCUGAAGUUCCUGGAGGGCAGGAAGAUCAAGCUGGUAAAUAUAAAUGCCACUGACAUUGCUGAUGGAAGACCAUCCAUAGUCUUGGGGUUAGUCUGGACCAUUAUCCUGUACUUUCAGAUUGAAGAGCUGACAAGUAAUCUCCCAGCCCUCCAGGCCCUGUCUAACAGUGCGUCGUCUGUGGAUAGCAUGGCUAAUUCUGAGACUGCAAGCCCACCCAUGAAGAGAAAAGUCAUGACCAAGUUCCAGGGCAAUGCUAAGAGAGCCAUGCUCCGAUGGGUGCAAUGCACAGCAACUAACCGCUUGGGAAUCGAGGUGAAAGACUUUGGUCCUAGCUGGCGUAGUGGUGUGGCCUUCCACUCUGUCAUAUAUGCUAUUCGCCCAGACCUGGUGGACAUAGAGCUGGUAAAGAGAAGAAGCAACCGUGAGAACCUAGAGGAUGCAUUUUCUCUGGCAGAGAAUGAGCUGGGCAUUCCACGCCUCCUAGAUCCUGAAGAUGUGGAUGUAGAUAAGCCUGAUGAGAAGUCCAUAAUGACAUACGUGGCUCAAUUCCUUAAGCACUAUCCAGACCCCCACCAGUCUGAGACAGAUGGACAGCAAGAGGAGUAUGAUCCUCAAGACAUUGAGCUAAUGCUUGAGAGAGAGGAAAGAAAGAUUCUACGGGAAUGGAAGGCCUGGCUGGAUCAGCUGGAGAAAGACAUACUCCGUGCACAAGGAGGAGAAGGCAACCUCACUGAAAAAUAUCAGGCCUUUAAAAACUUCCGUGUGCAGUAUGAGAUGAGGAAAAAGCAGAUAGAGUCUCUGAUGCAACCUGUGCAUAAGGACGGUAAACUGUCUGUGGACCAGGCGGUGGUGAAACAGGCGUGGGAGCAUGUGUCUGUCCGGCUUUUGGACUGGCAUAUUCAUCUGGAUAAGUCUCUGCCAGGUCCCCUGGGAGUGAUUGGAGCCUGGCUGCAUCGUGCAGAGUUUGCUCUCAGGGAAGACAUUCCCAUUCAGCAGGCCCAUGAAGAGACAGCCAACAUCAUCCACAAGAAGCUAGAGCAGCAUAAGGAGGUGCUAAUAAAUCUGGAAGGUCACAGACAGACAUUUCAGCAGAUUCACAGGGACAGAGCAGUAAACGGUGUACCUGUGCCACUGGAACAGCUUCAAGACUUGGCAGAAAGAUUCAAUUACGUGUCCACCUCAUCCCAUGUUCACCUAAUUAAACUGGAAUUCUGGGAAAUGAAGUAUCGUCUUAUGGCAUUCCUUAUCCUGGCUGAGUCUAAGCUUAAGUCUUGGAUCAUCAAAUAUGGCCGACGAGACUCUGUGGAGCUGCUUUUACAGAACUAUAUUGCAUUUAUUGAGGGUCACAAGUUCUUUGAGCAGUAUGAGACAGCAUUUCAGACCCUUAAACAAGCUGCAGACAUCUACAUAAAAUCGGAUAGCUCAGGCUGUAGAAUCUCCAGGAGAGCUGAGGAGUGUGAGGGGAUGAAUAAGUUCCUAAGUGAGACGAUGGCACAGUGGAGAAACUUGUCGGUGGAGGUGCGCAGUGUACGCAGUAUGCUGGAGGAGGUUAUCUCCAACUGGGAGAAAUACAGCAGCAAAGUGGCCAGUCUGCAGGCCUGGCUGGAGGACGCUGAGUCUAUGCUCAACCACUCAGAAAAUGAUAAGCGUGAAUUCUUCCGAAACCUUCCACACUGGAUACAGCAGCACAUGGACAUGAACGAUGCAGGGAACUUCCUGAUUGAGACUUGUGAUGAAACUGUGUCUAGAGACCUGAAACAGCAGCUGCUCCUCCUCAAUGGCAGAUGGAGGGAAUUGUUUGUCAAAGUCAAACAUUAUGCAAGAGCAGAUGAAGUGGACAAGCUAAAGAAAGACUAUGAGGAUGGUGUCUUAGCUUUAAAGAUUUUUGUAGACACAUCCAAUGAGCGGAUGAAUACUCCUGUCCAAGUGUCCUUUUUGAACAUAAGAACAUUUCUUCAAGACAUAGAGGAUAUCAAACAUAAAGUGCCCUCGAUGGAGGCAGUGUAUAAAACAGCCACGCGCAAUGCCCAGCAACUGACCAAAGACACUUCACAAGAAGAGAUCACAGACAUGCUGGGUGUCAUGGAAACCAUUAAAGAGGAACUUAGCAAGAUAAGAGAGAAGGUUGUGCCUUUGCAAAGAGACUCACAGGCCUUGCUGCCUCCUUUAGAAGAAAUGGAGAAGCACAUCACUGGGUUCUAUCAGUCUUUGGAGAAGGCCAGUCGCAUCACCAGUGCACGUGACUCUGAGACCCCAGGAGACUAUCAGCAGAAGUGUCAGGAACUUGUGACAUACCAGCAAAGCUGUAAAAAGUGUCUUACAGUGAUAGAUAAAAACCAUCAGAUCAUAAUGAAAGCCCUAGAAGGCAGUAAAACCUUGAGGCACCUAGACACAUCUCUGCUGCAAAAGAGAGUAGUAGAGCUUCAGGCCUCCUCACAGGCUAUGGUCGAAGAGACCACUGAGUGGAAGAAGCACGUCGAAGCCAACAGCAGCUUGAUGAAGCGGUUUGAAGAAUCUCGACUGGAGCUGGAGAAGGUUCUUAAAAUAGCUAGAGGUUGUAUGACCGAGAGAGGAAACCCAGAGGAUCUGCUCAAAAAGCACACAGAGUUCUUUGCACAUCUCGAUGAGCGAGUUCUCAAUUCAUUUCUGAAGGCCUGUGAUGAGCUUACUGAUAUUCUGCCUGAGCAAGAACAGCAGAACUUACAGGAAACAGUCAGAAAACUGCACAAACAGUGGAAGGAUGUACAGACAGAGAUCCCGUAUCACCUCCUGCAUCUGAAAGUGGAGGUGGAACGCAAUCGUCUGAUGGCUUCUCUGCAGGAGUGUGAAGCCGAACUGGCCCGAGAGAAUCGCAGCCUGCCAGGCAUGGGCAGUGAGAGGCUAGUGAAAGAGCACAGAGCUUUUUUCAGGGACAAGGGCCCUCAGAUGCUAUGUGAAAAGCGAUUGCAACAUAUGGAGGAACUCUGUUUGAAGCUGACAGACAGUGAGCAGGCACGCCAAACUCUGGAGAAAGCUAAAACUGCAUUCGCUGAAGUUAAAGAUGAGAUCGAGAGCACUCAUCAGAAACUCAUGCAGCACCCUGACAAAUGGAAAGAGUUUAACACCAGAUUUUCUGAUUUGACUGCCUGGCUAUCUUCGAAGGAAAGCCAGCUCAGGCUUUUGCGAAACCGUGCUAGUGACCCCAGUAAACUCAGCGAGGUGAAAUCCACGAUAGAAAAUCUAAGAAAUGAUGCAGAGCUACAGGAAGGUAAUGUGAGCUGGCUGAAAUCUCGUCUGGCCGUACUAAUAGAAAUCAGCACUGUGAAUGAUGCCCAAAGACAGGCAGCUGCCCUCGCCAAACUGUCCACUGACUUCAAGAGCCUUCUCAGUUCCAUUUCUGAGUCUGAGAAGGUUGCAUUGGCAGUUGGAGAUUGUGUGCAGUUCCAGGAGCAAGUGAGGAACACUUUGGAUGAACUAACCCAAGGUGAGCAGGAGCUCCAGGCAGAGGUAACAAAGAUCCUUAACUCCGAGUCUGCAAAAGAAGCUCAGCAACUGCUGCUCAUUCACCAGCAACAGCUGAAACGUCUGCGACUGAAAAGGAGGGACAUGCAGCAGCAGAUUAGCCGAGGCCAGCAACUCCAAGUUCAGGAGGGCCUGGGGGACAGCCUUCAGGAUGACCUACACAAAUUAGAUACCACCUUGAACCAGAUGGACCAAAGCAUGGAGGCACAGGAGCAGAGUCUAGAGGCAACACUGGCUUCUUGGCAGGAGUUCGGCAGUCAACAAGCAGCAGUGGCGGAGUUUGUGAGCAGAGCACGCUCAGUCACAGAGAGAGAGAUGACUUUCAGUAGCCCAGAGAGUUUAACAACAGAGCUGAAGCAAGCUAAGGAGCUGUUGAAACAGAGUGAGUCUGAAGCAGAGUUGGUGAACAUGCUACUGAAGAGGGCUGCAGAGAUCCAACUUGGUCCUAAAAAUGCUUCCUUGCUCUAUACCCAAGCUCACUCCCUCAGUGACCAACUGGACAAAACUGUGGCUGGCCUUAAGAAAGAUGUGGAAACUCUUGAGGACGUAAAAAUGAAGUGGGACUCAUUUGGGAGCGAGUUUGAUGCUUUCUCCUCAUGGAUCUCUGAGAAGGAAAAAGAGCUUGACUCACUAAAAAGCUCUAAUGAACCACUUGAGCAUCAGAUCAGUACUGCUAAGGCUGUAACAGCAGAGCUACAGGAACGAGCAGAAAUUUUGUCCCAGCUGGAAGACAGAGCUCAGGCUCUAUCCCAGUUUGUAUCAUCAGGAGAAUCUGCAAGAAUCAAAGCUCGUCUGACACAGAUAGGAAGGUACUGGGAAGAACUUAAGGAGAACAUGGAGAAUCUGAAUGGACAGUUGGAAGAGAGCUCCAGUCACCAGCAAAAGUUUAAUACAAACCUUCAACAGGUGCAGUCAGAGAUUGAUGCCAUUCAGAAGAAACUAGACACACCUCUCACAUCCUGUGCAUCCUCAUCUGACAUCUAUAAAGCUCUACAGGACCACAUGGAUAUGUUUCAGUCCCUGGAGAAGGUGAAGGCCACCUUGCUGUCGUUGUGUGCUGGGGCCCGCAGGCUAAGUGAGCGAGAGAAAGCUGAAAGAUCAGUAGCAGCUCUACAGCAUAGCUAUGAGCAGAGCCUUAAGCAGGCCAAAGACAAACAAAGCCAUAUGGAAAGCCUCUUGUCCCUCUGGCAAAAGUUAGAAAAAGACUACUCUUCUUUGCAAUCAUGCAUUGAAAGUUGUGAGUCUGUGUCUUCUUCUGUAACCCAGUAUCUCACUGUUGACAAAACAAAGCUUGAUGGAGAGCUAAUGGAGCUGAAACACCUUCAUUCUGAGCUACAGUCUUUGGAAUCACUAUAUGAGGGAGUACUGACCCAAGCUCCAGCCCUUUACUCCACUGCAUCAGAUGAACAAGUGAAAACACUUAAAGAGGAUCAUGAGCAGCUGAAGAAAAGAUGGAAAUCUCAAAAUACAGCCAUAGAUCAUAGGAUCCAGGUACUUCAGGACCAUAUGUCACGGGUGGAGGAGCAUGAAAAAGAGCUGCAACAGUUCUUCAAAUGGGGAGAGUCUUUUCUCUCAUCUCUUCACUCAUUCUCCCAAGUGAAUAUUACAGAUUUACAGUUGAUUGCCGUAGAAGUAAAGGAGAAGGCAGAGGUGCUUCAGGGUGAGAACAGCAAAAGAGAGAAUCUCCAACAGCAGACAGAAUCCCUGUGUGCCUCCUGUGAGCCUGUGGAGCAGCAUUAUCUACAGAGCCGUCUGGAAAACAGCUUGCAGCCCUACAUGCAGGCCCAGCAACUGGUUAUGCAGCGGGGUGAGAGUGUAGAGAAGCUGGAGGCUUUCCUGCAGACACACAACGUGGCUGCAGGUGUCCUACGAGGCCUCAGACACACUGUGGAGAGUGCAGGUAGCUGGGACAAGAGCCGUGUGGAUGAACUGCAGCGAGAUCUAGAAGGAAUCAUUCCUGAUAUCAGCCGUCUGGAGUCGCUAGCGAUUAGUCUGGACAGCAGCCUCUGCAAAGCCCACCUCCACCUGGUUGAUGCAAAAGAGACUCGUACUUUGUGCAGGUCACUGGCUGACACUCUGAGCACAGAGUUGGAUGGAGUGAAGACCCUGCUUGGGUCCAAGCAGAGUGAAGCAGAGGCUCUGGGAGCUCUGUGGACCUCCUUCAGACAGCGCAAAGAGCAGCUGCUCAAGAGUGUGGAAGACAUUGAAGAGAAGGCUGACCAGCAAAGUCUUAAAGAGCCCAAUCUGCUCACAUUACAACAAAGGCUGCGCUUCUUUAACCAGUUGGAUGAUGAACUGCAGUCACAUCAGCAUGAGGAGCAGUGGCUCAGGGAUAAAGGACAGCAGCUGUCCCAGAGAGAUACAGAGCUAGCAGGAGAGGUGCUAAGGGAGAUCAAUCUCCUCAAGACCACCUGGGAGGACACCAAGAAACUUAUUACAGAAAGGCAGGAGCAGUGCACUGCCAUGAUUGAGCUCAUGAAAGACUACCAGAGUCUGAAAUCCUCUAUUAACGCAAUAGUAGAAAAUGCAGAGACUGUAGCUGUCAACAAACUUGGUCUAAAGGACCAGGAAGACACCAAAAGGUCCCUGUCAAAGCAUGAAGCAAUAAAGAUGGAACUGACAGCUAAUCAGGGGCAACUGGAUCACUUCUCAAGUAAAGCAAAACAACUGGUGUGUGAGUUAAACAGGAUUCCAGACUGUCAAACCCAAGUGUUAAAGACAGAUAUGGAAUCUGUCGUGGACCAGUGGCUAGAUGUGUCUGAGAGAAUUGAGGACAACCUUGAGAAACUUCGAAAGAGUUCCUCUAUAUGGGAGGAUGUUUACCGUAUCAACGAGGAGAUUGAUAGCUGGUCUAAUAGCUGUGUGAUGGAACUCACAGACAGCCUUAACAAGUUCAAUGACAGCCAGAAGACUGAAAAUCGCCUUGCUGAAGUCAAGGUGGAAGUGGAACAAAAAGAGGAGAUGUUAGACACGAUACAAGCCAAAAUGUUGGAUUUGAAACAGCUUUGCAGUACCAAAGACAUUCCCGCAUCACUGCAGGUCAUGGAGACUGAUCUGCAGAAGAAGAUAAACAAUGUGCAGGAGCUGUGUGCACAAGCAAAGAACAAUCUAAGUGAAUUCUGCUCUCAGAAGAAACAGCUAGAGGGCUUCCUUUCCCAAAUGACUGAAUGGCUGACGACAGUGGAGGGCUCUUUGCUGGAUACAGCUUCUGCAUCACCUCCAGAAGAGAUCUGCAGAAUAAAGGAUAUACAAAAAGAGCUGCAGAACCAGCAAGCAAGUAUAGACUCAUCACGAGAGAGCCUGAACACACUUUGCAGGAAAUACCCUUCUGAAGAGCUGGCUAGCCUUGGGACUUCUUUAACUGAUCUCAUCAAGAAAUAUGAAACUGUCAAUCAGCUGUGUGUUAAAAGGUUGGGAUCAAUGCAGCAAGGGCUACAGCAGCUCUUUAGUGAUCUUUUGAAACAGUUUCACUCUUGGCUUUCUGGACAAAAGGACAUAGUGAGAGAAUGCUCGGAUUACUCUGGUGACAUCAGUGUUGUAGAGCGCAAAUUGCAGAAGCUGAAGGGGGCUCUUGAGAGGGUUGAAGAUGGAGAAAGUCGUCUAAUGCAGGUGUGUCAGGAGGGGGAGAAACUCCUUCUUCACCUACCUAAGGCCAGUGCUGGCCAAGUGCAGCAGAGCCUCUCUUGCAUCCAACAGGACUGGGACAGUUAUGUGGAACAGUGCAGGCUGAGCCAACAAAGUCUUGAGGAAAGUGCUAGUCUGCUCAAUAGCUUUGAGAACAAUCUGCAGAGGCUGAGCCGUUGGCUGGAGCGUAUGGAAGUGAGGCUGAGCACAGAGCUGCCUGAAAGCAAACAUGUUGAGCAGGAGAAAACAACACUAGAGCGAGUUGAGGCGUUUUAUGAGGAAGCUCUGAAAGAAAGGGAUUCAUUUGAGAGUCUGUGCCAAGAAUCUCAGACUCUGAUUGAGGGAGGUCAUGGCAGUGGUUCUGAGUUGCGGGUGUCAACACAGCUACAGAUGCAGCAGCAGACUCUGCUGAAGGCAGUGAGAGAGCGUCUGCGCAGCUGUCAGCUCAGCCUGCAGGAGCAACAGUCUUUUGAUGAGACACUGGAGACCACAUGGGCCUGGCUCAGUAACAUACAAGAACGACUCACAGCUCUUAGCAGCACUACUGGCAACAAAGAGACUCUAGAAAAGAGACUGGGACUUGUACAGGAUAUUUUGUUAAUGAAGGGAGAAGGAGAAGUGAAGCUGAAUAUGACUGUAGGGAAGGGUGAGCAGAUUGUGAAGAACUGUAGUAAGGAUAAACAAAAGGCUAUCCGCUCUCAGCUUCAGAGUCUGAAAGAUUCCUGGGCUAACAUGCUUAUGGCUGCCAUGAGCUGUCACAGUCGUCUGGAGUGGACAGUGACACAGUGGAGCAGCUAUCAGGAAGGAAAAGCUCAGUUGCAGCAAUGGAUGGACACAGUGGAGCAAGAGGUUGAAGUCGCUCUUCCUCAACAACCUGGACUGAAGGAAAAGGUCUCUCUGCUGGAGCGCCUGCGGGCCAUAGAGGCUGACAUUGACAGCCACUCAGCAACACUUAGUCGCCUGAAUGAGAAAUCUACAGAACUGUUUGCGAAAACUGGAGACCAGGCCUUUGCAGAAGAGCCUAGAGCAGAACUCAAUGCCCAGUUCUCGGAUAUCACAGCAGUUAUCAAGAGUAAAGUACAGCAGAUGGGUGAGAUAGUGAAAGAGCAUGAGUUGUAUCUGGAUUCUGUUCGGGAACUGAAUGACUGGCUGACCUCUGCAAAAGAGGAGCUUCAGCGCUGGUCUGACAUGUCCGGAGAUGCCGCCUCUGUUCAGAAGAAACUCUCUAGAGUGCAGGAGCUGUUGAACUCCAGGAAGCAGGGCAGGGAAAGGCUGGAGCGAGUGCAGCGGUGUGGAGCUGCAGUGCGUGAUCACACAUCCACUGUAGGUUGUGAGGCUCUGGAGAGGGAGGAGGCAGGACUGCUCUCUGCUUGGGAGCAGUGGGAACAUGGAGCCAAACAUGUGCACUCUGGCCUAGAGGCCACACUGGCUCAGAUGGCUAGCUCAGAUCAGGAGUUCAGCUCUCUUGCUGCACAGCUGGAGCAGGACCUGCAGGACUUUAGCAGUCGACUGCAUGAAUGGCAUGGCACACUGCAGCAGGUGGAGGCCAUGGACACCAGUGAGGAAGCGGUACAGGCCUGGCAGAUUGCCAAGGAUACCCUGGAAGCAUUACUCAAUUCCGAACCCAUGUCAGACAAUCUGAAGUCACAGCUGAAUGACCUCUGCCGUUUCUCCAGAGACCUGGGAACACAGUCCACAAGGGUAUCCACCCUAAUCAAAGAGUACAACAGCCUCAGUUUGCAUGCUUCUCGGGAAUGCCAAAGAAAAGAGAAGCUGCUGGAGCAGAAAUUCCGUACUGCUUUCCGAGAGUUUCAGCAGUGGCUGGUCAAUGCUAAAAUUAACACGGCCAAAUGUUUUGAUGCCCCUCAAAAUCUCAGCGAAGCUUCAUCUAGUCUUCAGAAGAUCCAGGACUUCCUGAGUGACAGAGAGCAGGGGCAUGGUAAGCUGAAUGCACUGGCUGCUAGCGGAGACCUGCUGACCAGCAUAGCUCCUAAAGAGCGGGUGAAUGCAGUCCGAGCUAAAGUGAGCAGCGCAAGAGAGGACUGGAAGUCGCUUAUGACAAACCUGCACCAAAGAGAGACUGCUUUACAAAAUCUGCAAGCACAGAUGAGGGACUUUGAGUCCAACAUGGAGCCACUUCAGGACUGGCUGAACCAGACAGAGGUGAAAGUGCAGGAAAGCAGUAGUCGUCUGCAUGACCUCCCAGCCAAGAAACACGAGCUUCAAAAACUCCAGUCUGUGCUUGAGGAGUUGGCCUCUCAGGAGGCUCAGCUGAGCAGACUGAGAGAGAAGGCCAAGCAGCUCUGGGACAGACACACGGCCGGAAAGGGCUUUGUGCAUCGUGUUUCGCAGCUCUCUGCUCAAUACCUAGCUUUAAGCAACCAGACCAAGGAAAAAGCAUCCAGAAUUGAGAGGAUUGUGUCCGAGCACCAGCUCUUCUCUCAGGGUCUGAAGGAGCUGCAGAACUGGGUGGCAGACACCAGUCAUAUGCUGCAGACAUACUGCACGCCAACAGCAGAUAAGAAUGUUCUGGACAGCAGGAUGAUUAAACUUGAGGCACUGCUUACAGCUCGCCAGGAAAAAGAGAUCCAACUGAAAAUGUUGGUCACUAGGGGUGAGUCUGUGCGGAGGAACACGUCGGCUGAGGGGGUUCCUCUUGUCUGCAAACAGAUUGAGGACCUGAAAGACUCAUGGGACAGCCUGCUUUCUGCAGCCAUUCAGUGCAAAAGUCAACUGGAGGGAGCUCUCUCACAGUGGACCAGUUAUCAGGAAGAUGUGCAUCAGUUUGUGAGCUGGAUUGAGGGUGUAGAAGAAAGUCUCAACUCCACAGACAAGCAGUACUCUGAGAUGAGGGAUAAAGCUGCCAAUCUGGGCAAGGUCAAGUUGCUGUAUGAGGAGGUGCUGAGCCACAGCUCUGUUCUGGACACUAUCUCUGUGAAAGGGUCCAAUAUGGCUGAGCACUAUGUCACUCAGUUGGAGAUUCAAGACUUGCAAGAGCGGUACAAGAGUGUUAAAGAGAGGGCCCAGGCUGGGGUGGGAAAGGCAGAGGAGCUGUUGAGAGCUCAUCAGGAGUACCAGAACAAUCUGCAUGAGUUUAAAGACUGGCUGGAGCAGCAGCAGGAAAAACUGAGUUGCUACACCCAGCUAGAAGGAGAUGUAGAUACCCUGGAGGAAACCUUACACAAACUUCAAGAUCUGCAAGUGCAUUGUACACAGGGACAGGCUCUGCUAAACACAGUGCUGGUGAGUAGAGAACAGGUUAUUCCAUGGGGAAUACCCCAGUUAGAGGACCGCACCCUGGAGACAGUGCAGCAGGAGUGGGGAUCUUACCAGGCCCGACUGACUGAAACAAGAUCUCAGCUAAACAGUGCCAUAGCCAAGCUACGUCAGAUGGAACAGAAGUUCCAGCGCCUUGAUAGCUGGUUAAAGGGAAUGGAGAAUAAAGGACAGCUGCGCAGUUGCAGGCGUUCUAACAAAGCCACUAAGGAGGCCCAACUAGAGUUGCUGAAGGGAUGGCAUGAGGAAGUCCUGGCAUACCAGGAGGAAAUAGAAGGUUUAAGUACCCUGGCCCAGCAGGUCUUAGAAGAGACACACAUUAGCAGUCGUGUCAGUACUAGGGCUACACAGCUUACCUCACGCUACCAUGCCCUGCUACUGCAUCUGCAUGAGACAAUCAAACAACUGAAGGCAGAGGUGUCUGGCAUUGAAGAAGCCCAUAGCAUCUUUAAUACUUUCUCUGACUGGCUGAGCACAGCACAGAAGAACUUUAGCAGUGUGGCCAUUAGCAUUGAUGUUAUUGAUUGUGUUGCCAUGGAGAGGAAAAUGAAAAAACUCGAGGCUCUGCAGGGUGAUAUGGAGUUGGGGCAUACUUUCCUGAAGACUAUGCGGGAGAAGACAGAGCGAGCAAUGGCAUUCCUGGAGGAGUCAGAAGCUGAACAACUGAAAGAGGAAAUAAAUGGUCGUCUCUCCCAGCUGGAUGGCCUAAUGGGAGCUCUACGGGUUGAGCUCAAAGCUCAGGAGAAGUGUAUUCAGCUAUCUAAAGACUUUCUAGACAAAUAUAAGGCACAGACCCAGUGGCUUAAUGAGAUGAAGUCCCUUCUUGUCUCCUCUGUGGAACUUAAAGCUGAACUUUACCAAAAAAAGGCUCAGUUUGCCAAGUACAAAACAAUCCAACAAACUAUGCAAUCUCAUGAGUCAUCUGUGAAGUCUGUCAUCGAGAAAGGAGAAGCUCUGCUUGAAAUUGUACAUGAUCCCACAAUCAGAGAGAAUAUGACCAAGCUGCAAAAUGAUUAUCAAGAUCUAUGCAGCAAAGCCAAGUCCCAUGUGCAGAAAUUGGCAGAAGGGGUGAAAGAGCAUGAAGACUAUAAUAGUAAACUACAGGAAGUGGAGAAAUGGCUGUUACAGAUGUCUAGUAGACUGGUAACCUCUGAUUCUAUGCAAAGCGACAAUUUAGAGACAGCUACGCAGCAGCUGGCACGACACAAGGCCAUAAUGGAGGAGAUAGCUAGUUUUGAAGAGUGUUUGACGAGUCUGAAGGUGAAAGGAGAUGGUCUUGUCAGUCAUUGUUCAGAACAAGUUCAGGCCAAGCUCAGCCAGCAGAAUCAGGCUCACCAACAAGGAACCAAAGACAGUUAUUCAGCUAUCUGCAGCACAGCACAGCGGGUGUAUCAGAGUCUUGACCGUGAGCUACAGAAGCACGUUAGUCACCAGGACACUCUGCAGCAGUGCGAAACUUGGCUCUCCACCGUCCAAGAGGAAAUACAACUUCAUUCACAAAAACCCUUCGGCCUUCAAGAGGCACUAAAACAGGUGAAGCACUUAAGGGCUCUGCAGGAGCAGGCCAGCACCUAUCUUGAUCUAGUUUGCUCAGUGUGUGACUUAUCUGUUGAAACAGUACGAGCCACAGCUACUAAGAUCCAGCAGAUCAAAACCAUGUUUGAAGAGAGGAUAACCAGAGCUCAGCAACUGUCAGACAGCUGGAGGGAAAUUAAGGAACAGAAGCAGGAGCUGUCUACACUGUUCCAGGAUUUGGAACAGCAACUGCACAGUCUCUCUAGGAGACCAGCUGAACUGGAGCCGAAGAUUGCUUUAAACAUGCUGGAUCAAGCCAAAGAAUUUGUUGAGCAUCUGCACAGCAGACAGUGUACACUGACUAAGAUGACAGAACAUGUAAGUGAGCUUACAGAAGGCAGGUCUUCUCCAGAACACACUGAGCUUAAUCGCCUGAGUCAUGCAUGGCUGGAGCUAUGUCAUGAAGCCAAUAAGCUUCAAACCCAGAGGGAAGAGGAUCUGCUGAGGACAAGAGAGUACCAUGACUGCAUCAGUGCUUUGGAAGCUCUGUUUGAACAGGUGUCCAAGGAGUGGGACAACCUAGCCAGAACUGAAGCUGAGAGCUCAUCUGAACACCUAGAGGCUCUCCGGAAACUCUCUCAUGUCCUCAAAGAAAAGAAGAGCAUGCUUGAGGAUCUUAAAGACCAGAAGCAGAAAGUAAUGUAUCACUUAAAUCUGGAUGAUAAAGAGCUGGUGAAAGAACAGAUCAGCCACUUUGAGCAGCGAUGGGCCCACCUAGAGAGUCUCAUUGAGCGAAAGAUUCAGGACUCUAUUCUGACACUUGAAGAUAUGACUCAAGUUGAAGCUCGGCUGAAAGAGGCAAGAGAGUGGGCUGAGGAACAGAAGCCUGCAUUAUCAGAGGCUAUGAAAAUGAGCCCACCACCAGAGGUGGCACAGAGCUUCCUUUUUGAUCACCUUAGCAUUUGCAGUGAGCUUGAAGCGAAGCAGCUACUGCUGGCCCAAGCUAUGAGUGAUGCAGACAGGGUUUUAGCACACCUAGGCUUGAAUGAAAGACAGCGAUUACAGCAACUCAUCUCAGAGACCCAGGCUGAAGUAGAAUCAUUGAGUAUUAAAGUGGCCCAGAGAAGGAAAAACCUCAGUAAGGCUUUCACAGAGAGGACCCAGUUCCUGCUUGCGGUGAGUCGGGCUAUCACCUGGGUCCAACAAAAUGAGAAGAAAGCACAUUCUGAUGAUUACAUAGCGCUUUUACCAGAUGAUUUGAAUAAGCAGAUAAGAACCUGCAGGAAUAUCCAGAGCAGUCUGAGAGCUUACCAGAGUGAGCUAACUUCCUUAUGGUCCCAAGGCAGAGAUCUGAUGAAAGAUACCACUGAGGAUGAGAAGUCUGAGAUGCUAACCAAACUACAGGAAUUGCAGAACAGCUUUGAGGUAGCUUUGCAAAAGUGUAAUCAAAGACUACAGGAACUAGAGAAAGUACUAGUAACUAGAAAGUACUUCAAGGCAGACCUAGAGAAGACAUGUCAGUGGUUGAAGCAAGCAGAUAUUGUGACAUUUCCUGAAAUAAACCUAAUGAAUGGAGAUGUAGAACUAAAGGCACAGCUGACAAAAUACCAACAAAUAUUGGAUCAAGCAGCAGAAUAUGAAAAUCUCCUUCUAAUUGUGCAAAGAGCAGGUCAAGACAUAUUGCCCACCCUUAAUGAGGUUGACCACUGCUACUUAGAUGAGAAACUUAAUGGUCUUCCGCAACAAUACAACAACAUCUUAGCACUAGCAAAAGAAAAACAGGAGAAAAUACAGCAAGCUAUUCUUGCACGCCAGGAGUAUUCCUCCUUCAUUGAUGUGACCCACAAAGCAUUGAAAGAGCUUGAGGAACAGUUCCAUAACCUUGGUACGCAGCCUGUUGGUUUGCAGACAGAACAGGUCAUCAGUUUACAGCGUGAUUAUAAAGCACUGCUUGAGGAGUUGACAAAUCUUGGCCUGGCUGUUAGUGAGCUUAACCAGAAAAAAGAGGGCUUUCGCAGCACUGGUCAGCCAUGGCAACCUGAGGAAAUGACUCAACUGGUCAGCCUUUAUAAUGGCCUAAAGAGGCUAAUAGAACAGAAAGUAGAACACCUUGAUGACACUUUGGAGUCAUUUGAGGAUCACCAAGCCAUGGCCAUGCAGGUUGACUCCGAGUUGAAAGCCACAAAAGAGCAACUCGUCAAAGUCAAUGCUGAGACCCAGUCAGCUGAAGAGAGACUGAAAAAUUAUCAUGCCCUUGCUGCCAGUCUACAAGGAGCCAGCUCUCAUCUAUCUCGGCUCAUGGAGCAGAUGGGAAACCUUGCUUCUCACAUGGACCCAGCUGCGCAUGAGGCUUCUAAGCAGCGGGUGAUAUCCUGGCAGGAGGAACUUCAGUCUCUGCAGUCAGCUGUUGGAGAGUUGAUAGUGGAGUGUGAGAACAGAUUUGUGCAGAGUAAAGACUUCGAAACCGAAGUGAACCGAACUUUGACUUGGCUGCAACAAGUGAGAGAUGAGCUGGGAUGUGCUGUCGUUGUGGAUGUGAAGGUGGAAAAGGUCCAGGAAGAGAUCAGGAAGCAGCAGAUCAUGCAGGAGGAGGUGCAGUCUCGACUCAGGAUUGUGGCUGCACUGAGCACUAGGGAAAAACAGAAGUACACCAGUGCUAAUGAACUUGUUCCUGCCCAUGUAGAUUCUAGCCUGCAAGAAAUGGCCAAACUGGAAGCUGAUGUUCAACAAGCUCUCAGCUCCAAGCAGAUUACUCUAGAACAAGCGCUGGCUUUGUGUCAAAAGUACCAUUCACGGAUGCAAGCAGCAUGCGAGUGGCUUGAAGAUGCUGUAGGGUUUUUGCAGCAGGCCAGUCUGGGCGUGGAUGUGGAGAACUAUGAAGAGUGUCUUCGGCAGCAAGAGGAUAUCAUGGCAACUGAGCAAGACUUCCUCAGUGUGCUUCAGGAACUUGAGGCACUCCCACCCCAAUUGGAAAAUCUUGUGAACACCACAGCAAAAGAACAGCUGCGAGAGAGCGUGGAGUCUGCUCAGCAAAGAGGUGUAGAGGUCAGAGAUCAGCUUCAGUGUCAUCAGGAUGUUUUGAACAGCUGUGUGGAGCAAUGGAAAUCCUAUCAAGAGGCUCGACAGACAGUCAUUGAUCUGUUGAAUGAGGCAGAGAAGAAACUGACUGAGUUCUCCACAGCCAAGGCAGCAACCAUUCAGGAAGCAGAAGAGAAACUCAAGAGUCAUAAGUCACUGGUGUCCAUGGUGAAUGGAUUCCAGGAGAAGCUGACAAGUUUGGAAGAACGAGCAUCUCAGCUGGAGCUGAUUGGCAGUGAUACCAGCAAAGCCACCAUUAGCCGCUCUAUGACCACGGUAUGGCAGCGUUGGACUAGACUCCGAAGCAUGGCUCGAGGUCAGGAGAGGGUGCUGGAGGACACAGCUCAUGAGUGGAGAACUUUCAGGGAGAAGAUUAUUAAAGUAAGAGCUGUAGCAGAAGAGCUGAAGAGUCGUGUUCCCGAAUGUUCUGUUGAAAAAGCCUCUAAAGCCACACUUCAGUCACUUCAAGAGCAGCAUGAGCUGGUCACUCAGGACCUGGAGCGGGAACUAUCCUCCCUCACACUCCUGCGACAGUAUGCCCUCAGCCUGUUGCAUGAUGUGGAAGUCUCAGUGCCUACUACUGAUCUCGAUCAGCUGCCUAGUCUGAAGGAGGUUAAAGCAGUGCAAGAUCAGUUUGAGAGUCUCUUACAGAAGUCUAAAACCGGUAGAGCACGUGUCCAGCAGGAACUGAAAGAUAGAGAGGAGGUGGAAAGAGGGCUAAGCUUGGUGAAAAGCUGGAUUCAGGAUUCUAGAGAGCUGUUGCUCAAUCCCACUACUGAUAUGGACAUUUUCACACAAGAGCUAGAGGCAAUACAUGGAGAGCUGAUAGCCCAUCGCCAGAAUGUGGAUAAAAUUGCAGAGCAACAACAGAGUAAAUAUCUGGACCUGUACACUAUCCUGCCUUCAGAGAUCUCUAUGCAGUUGGCAGAGGUUGCGUUGGCCCUAGGCUCAAUUGAAGAUCAGGUCCAAGCCAAGGAAAGAGACAUUCAGAAGACUAGAGUUAUCAAAGAAGAAUUUAAUUCCAGGAUUAAUGACAUUUCUGAGAAACUGAAAAGUAUUUCAACAACACUCAAAGAAAAGGCCACUGAUAUUGAUCAAGCCAAAGAAGAAACUCAAGGUUUCUGUGCUGAACUGGAGUACUGUGGUAGAACACUUGCUGAACUGAUUGCUGCUGUACAGGACCUCGGUCGACGUCAUCCACUCCUGUCCAAGCAACUAAGUGAUAGCAUUGCUAAGUUAGGAGAGAUCCACCAUCACACUCUCCGUUUAGCAGAGUACAGAACAGUCUGGCUAAAGAAGGCUGAUGCACAUCUAGAUGAGUACAAUGAGAUGCUGGAGUUUAUAGUGAAGUGGAUAGAGCGAGCUCGAAGCUUAGUUAAGACCAAUAUCAUCUGGAACUCCUCCUCUCACUUACAAGAGCAGAUCAGAAUGUACCAGUCUGUAUUGCAUGAAUCGAAGGAGCUCCAUGGUGAUCUGGAAGCUAUGCAGGAGAAGGUGGAACUGUUGUCUGAGUGUCUGCAGGUAGAGGCCAUGGGCCAGCAGGUGGCUGAGCUGAGUCGUCACACAGAGGAACUGGAGCAGGCCAUCAAAUCACGAUUGCAGAGUCUACAGGAAGCUGCUAUGGACAUGGAAAAGUUUGAGAGUGAGGUAAAAGCCUUGCAUGUGGCUUUGGAGCAGGUCCAGGCAACCCUCACCUCUCCUGAACUAGCCCGCCUGAGUCUCAAAGAACAGCUGACUCAGAGACAGCAUCUGUUAUCAGACAUGGAGAGCUUUAAGCAACAGGUGGAUGCAGUGCAAGCCUGUCAGAGUGCACUUCGCAUGCCAGAGGAGGUGGUGAACAGCCUAUCUAUCUGUCGCACAGCUCUUAACCUGCAGCAGGAAGCCAGCCAGCUACAGCACACUGCCAUCCAACAAUGCAAUAUUCUUCAGGAGGCAGUGGUUCAGUAUGAGCAGUAUGAGCAAGAAGUACAGCAUUUGCAGGGACUGAUUGAGGAUUCUCAUCGGGUCAUUCAAGACCGACCUGUUCCCACCAGUAAUAUCCAGGAGCUACAGAGCCAGAUACGCCACCAUGAGGAGCUGGCCCAGAAAAUCAAAGGAUACCAGGAGCAAAUUGCAUCAUUAAACUCUAAGUGUAAGAUGUUAACAGUGAAAGCCAAGCAUGCCACCAUGCUGCUGACUAUGAGAGACGCAGAAGGGCUAAGUGAGGAAACACAGGAACUAGACAAAGAUGCAAAGACACAGUCACAGCCAUCUAUGGAAACACCUGGUCACAGUUACGCCCACCUGUCUCCUGCCACUGAUGAGUCUGGUGAAGAAGGCACUAGCAGCGAGAUUUCCACUCCUCUCUGUCGUCCCCACUCUCCUAUCACUAGCACUGAGGCUUCACUUAGCAUGUUGCCCAUGGGACGAGCUAAUCUUGUCAGAGCUCCUAUACAGGAGUUGUAUGAUCCAACUCUUGAGUCUGUGGCUAAACUUGAUGACCUUCAGCGUUCAUGGGAGACACUGAAAAAUGUGAUCAGUGAAAAGCAGAAGACACUUUAUGAGGCUCUGGAGAGACAACAGCGAUACCAAGGCUCUUUGCAGUCUAUUUCCCUGAAGAUGGAGUCCAUUGAGGUCAGCCUGAAUGAGCCACCCUUGCAUGACCUGAGCCCAGGCAGACAGAUGGUCCUGCAUCAGAAUCUCAUGGGAGACAUUACCAGGCUUCAGGAUGACAUAGAUGAGCUGCAGUCAAACUUUGCAGAGGAUCUGGUCUCUGAGUCUGUAGACUCUGACACAGCUGAACAAUUAGCCAUGCAGUCCACUCUCACUGUGCUCUCUGAUCGCAUGGCUACCAUCCAAAUGAAAGCCACUGGGAAACAUCAGCUUCUGGAGGAGCGUUUGUGUGACCGUCUUGAGAAGCAGCAGCAAGAGAAGGCCUUACAGCUCUACCUCAGCCAAGUGGAUGAGCUCGACCAAUGGUUGCUCAGUACACGCAGCAUGCUUAACUCCACCCCUCAGGAUUUAGACAUGAACGAGCAGCUCUCCGACUGCCAGAACAUGCUGUUGGAGAUUGAAGAGAAGGUGCUCACUCUCUCUGAGCUAAGUUUGCACAGUGAAGCUCUGCUGCUGGAGGGCCAGCCUGAGACCAGGGAUGAAGCUGAGCAACUAGCCAGGAAACUGCGCACUUUAAAAAGCAGCCUGGUGGAGCUGCAACGGAUGCUACAAGACAAACAAAUAAAUAUUCAGGGAUUGCUUCAGGAGCAGUCUGACAGUGAAUCAGAGUCCAGUCUCUCUCAGGGUCCUAAUGUGCAGGACUGGCUGGCACACGCCCACUCCACACGGAACCAGCACCAACAGGACACCCUACAGAGACAGAGGGAACUUGAGGAGCAGUUGGCUGAGCAGAAAAAAUUGCUGAAAUCUGUAGCUAGCCGUGGAGAAGAGAUCCUCAACCAGCAGGCUUCACCCAGCAGUGCCAGUGCUUAUGAGGGAUUCAGUACAGAACUGGAAAAUGAGUACCAGGCCACACUUCGACAGAGAAGACAGAGAUGGGAGAGCCUGAAAAAGGACUUAACCACCAAACUACAGCUUCUUCAGAGCACUUUAGAGCAGGAUACCAAGCAACCAUUUUAUUCCAGGACAGCUCGUGUAAGCACCUCUCCUCCUUUCUAUAAAAGAGAGGCCCCGGUUAAGGACAAGAGUACACUGAAGUCAUUAUACAGUGAAUUCUACCAGGCUGUGGCGAAUACUCAGGUUACAGGUUCAGAAGAAAAGCAAGGUAUGAAGUUGGACCAGCAGUUAUAUUCAGCAGUUACAGCCACCUCCUCUUGGUUAGAUGAUGUAGAGAACACACUGUUCUCUAGGUCAAUGCUCCUUACUGAGAAUGCAGAGACACAACUCUCCAACCAUGAGGCAUUAGGGAAGGAUGUGGCUGAGGUCGCAGGAGAGGUGAGCCACAGCCGAGGAUUGCUAAGGAGUGUUGUUGGUUUGUCUGGAGAGAAGCAUACUCUGAUGGAGGACACUCUUGGCUGCCUGUAUCAGCUACUAGAAACUUUAGACUCAGCAGUGGAGCGUCGCUGUGAGAGCAUGAGGAGUAGGAUGCAGGAUCUCACUGACUUCCAGACUGAGCUUGAGCUUCUCUUCUCUGACAUAAGUGAGAGCAAGUUUCAUAUUCUACAGAAGUUAGCAGGGAUCCUUGACUGCCCUCCAGAUAAACAACUAGAGACAGUUGCUGAGGUUGAAGAGUCCCUUAGAGAGUUAGAGCAUAAAAUUACUGAUUUAAAAACCAGAGGAGCGGUUCUGCAGCCAGAUCAGAUUUCAAACAAUGAGCUGAUGAAGCUCCAGGACACAUAUGAAGAGCUGGUGAUGACAGUGGGCUCUCGUCGGAGUGGGCUGAACCAGAGUAUGGCUCUGAAGAGCCAGUAUGAGCGAGCGUUACAAGACCUGGUGGAUCUGGUGGAUACUGCUCAGGACAAGAUAGCUGCUGACCAGAAGAUAAUUGCAGGCUCAGUGGAAGAAGUCCAGAGUCUGUUAGACAAACACAAGGAGUUCUUCCAAGGGCUGGAGUGGCAUAUGGUCUUAACUGAGAUGUUCUACAAGAAAAUUAGUGCCUUUGUCCUGCCACAAGAGAGCCAAGCUCUAGAGGACACUUUGGCUCAAGCGCAGGAAGUUCUCAAGCAGGCUCACAAGAAAGGAGUGGAACUGGAGUAUAUCCUGGAGACUUGGAGGCAUUUGGUCCUGGAAUAUCAAUGUCUGAAUAGGCAUCUGGAGGCAGUAGAGGGUCGCAUGCCCGCUGUUCCUCUGUUGGAGGAGACAGAGGAGAGGUUAACUGAAAGAAUAGCACUAUAUCAGAGCCUGAAGUCCAUCCUGGGAGAGCACCAGCACAAGCUCCAUCAAGUCCUGGAGGAAGGCAAGUCCCUACUGCAGUCUGUGGCCUGCCACACUCUGGAGAACCAGCUUACUCUGCUGGGGGAGCACUGGCUGAGCAACACCACCAAUAUCAAUAAAGAACUGCAGCGUAUGGAGUCUAUCCUUAAACACUGGAUCAGAUAUCAGAGUGAAUCUGCUGAGCUAAAUGAGUGGCUACAGGGUGCAUUGGAACGUCUGGAAUACUGGAACAGUCAGUCAGUAACAGUGCCUGAAGAGCUGGAGACAGUUAGAGACCACCUGUCAGCUUUCCUGGAAUUCAGUAAAGAAGUUGAGGCUCACUCCAGUUUGAAAUCCUCAGUGUUCAGUGAAGGCAACCAGCUGCUGAGACUGAAAAAGGCAGACACAGGCAUUCUCAGGGCAGAGUUAGCCCGCGUGGAAGCCCAGUGGGCUGAACUGCUCACUCGCAUCCCUGUUGUGCAAGAGAAACUUCACCAGUCUCAUAUGGACAAGUUAGCUUCAUGCCAUGCCAUCACUGAACUUGUAAACUGGAUCUCACUGAUGGAGAGAGUAAUGGAGGAAGAUGAAGAAAACCUUAAAGGUGCUGUGGGGUCAAAGGUUAUUCAAGAGUACUUGCAGCGCUAUAAGGGUUUCCGUGUAGACGUGAACUGUAAGCAGUUGACUGUGGAUUUUGUGAACCAGUCAGUGCUGCAGAUCAGUGGGCAGGAUGUGGAGAGUAAACGCAGUGAUAAGACAGACUUUGCUGAGAGGUUAGGAGCCAUGAACUGCCGCUGGCAAAUCCUACAGGCUCGCAUCACAGAGAGGGUCCAGUACUUGGAGGGAUUGCAGCAGUCCUGGUUAGACUAUGAAAGCAAUGUGGAGUGCCUUAAAACCUGGUUAUUUGCUCAGGAGGAGCGACUAAAGAGAAAACACAAGAUUGAGGACCUCUCCUCGGUUCAAAAUGCUCUUAGAGACUGCCAGGACAUGGAACUGCUGGUUAAGGAGAAGGAGAGAGAGGUGGAGAGAGUAGAAGAGCAGGCCUGCGCUCUUGUCCAGAACAAAACAGAUGAAGCCUGUGCUGUUGUCAUGGAAACUCUCCAGGCACUGAACCAUACUUGGGCCAAUCUUGACCAUUUAAUUGGACAGCUGAAGAUCAGUCUGAAAUCAGUAUCUGAUCAAUGGAGUCAAUACAGGCAGGCAGCUGAAGAGAUUAACAGCAAUCUGACAGAGGGGAGGUACUCUGUGUCUCGCUUUAGACUGCUCACUGGCUCUCUGGAUGCUGUGCAGCUCCAGGUGGACAGUCUACAGAGUCUGCAAAAAGAGCUGGAGAAGCAGGAGAGCAGUCUGAGGAAGUUCGGAGCAAUUACACAUCAACUCCUAAAGGAGUGCCACCCAUCAGUGUCUGACUCUCUGAAUAACACCCUUAAAGAUGUCAAUGCCAGGUGGAGCAGCCUGUUGGAAGAGAUAGUGGAACGUUUGAAGAGUAGUAAAGCUUUGCUACAGCUGUGGCAGAGCUAUAAAGAUCUGUACGAACAGAACAAUGGCAGUAUCCAGAGCCUGGAGGACAAAGCAGAGUGGCUCCUGAAGACGGCAAACAAAAAAGACAUCUCAGAGGAAGAGGUGUCUACCUGGAUUCAAGACUGUACUGAGUUGCUGCGAUCUCAGGCGCCAGUGAAAGCCUCUCUGCAGGUUUUGUUGGAGUUAGGAGAACAGCUCAAACAGCAGGUGGACACCUCUGCUGCAGCCUCCAUCCAGUCAGACCAUCAGUCCCUUUCUCAGCGUCUUAGCUCCAUGGAUCAGACUCUCACUCGCCAGCAGGCUGCCCUACAGGCGGGAAUGCAGGACUAUGAGACCUUUAAUGAACUGCUGGGGACUCUCGGCCAGUGGACUAUUGAAGCUGAGGAGGUUCUAAAGGGACAGGACCCUAAUGGCUCCUGUGACCAGUUAGUCAUCCAGGACCGCAUGGAAGAGCUCAAGAAACAGAUGCUGAAAUUCAGCAGCAUGGCUUCAGAUCUGGAGCGUCUUAAUGAGCUGGCAUACAGGCUGCCCCUUAGUGACUCUGAGAUUAAACGUAUGCAGAACUUGAACAGGAACUGGGCCACCAUAUCAGCCCAGACCACUGAGAGAUUCAGUAAACUGCAGGCCACCCUCCUGCAGCAGCAGACAUUUCUGGAGAAGUGUGAGACAUGGAUGGAGUUCUUGGUACAGACAGAGGAGAAGCUGGCUGUGGAGAUCUCAGGAAACUUCCAGAGCUUAAUGGAGCAACAGAAAACUCAUGAGCUGUUUCAGGCAGAGAUGUUCAGCAGACAGCAGAUCCUUCACUCCAUCAUCAGUGAUGGACAGCAUAUGCUCGAGCAUGGACAGGUGGACGACAGAGACGAGUUUAAGCUGAAGUUGGCCCUGUUAAGUAACCAGUGGCAGGGGGUGGUGAGGCGGGCGCAGCAGCGGAAGGGCAUCAUAGACAGCCUGCUUCGCCAGUGGCAGCGCUACAGAGAUAUGUUAGAGAAGCUGCGUAAGUGGCUCACAGAAAUCUCCCAGCAAAGUGAUGCUCUUCAGCCUGGAACUACAGUAUCGCUGCAGCAGGCCCGAGCUAUGCUGGAUGCUGUGCAGCUGAAAGAGAAGGUGCUACAAAGACAGCAAGGCAGUUACAUUCUGACAGUCGAGGCUGGGAGGCAGCUUUUGCUCUCUGCAGAUAGUCGGGCAGAGGUAUCCCUGCAUGAAGAGCUGCUCAGCAUCCAGGAACGCUGGAGACAUGCCAACAUGUGCAUGGAGGAGCAAAAGAGAGAGCUGGCUGUCUUACUCAGGGAUUGGCAGAGAUGUGAGGAAGGCAUUGGAGGGUCUCAGGAGAAACUGCGGGCUUUUAAGCGUCAGCUUUCUCAGGCUCUACCAGAUCACCAUGAGGAGCUGCAGGCUGAACAGAUGCGAUGCAAGGACUUAGAGAGCAUGUUUGAUGGCUGGACAGAGGACUUGGCUCACCUGACUGUGCUGAGAGAAUCUCUUUCAAGCUAUAUUAGCAGUGAAGACCUGUGUGUGCUUCAGGAGCGCAUUGAACUGUUACAGCGCCAGUGGGAGGAGAUCUGUCACCAGUUAUCUUUGCGCAGGCAGCAGGUGAGUGAGAAACUGAAUGAGUGGGCCAUCUUUAAUGAGAAGUACAAAGAGCUGUGUGAGUGGCUCACACAUAUGGAGAACAAGGUCUCCCAGAAUGGUGAGAUCAGCAUCGAAGAGAUGAUUGAGAAACUUAGAAAGGACUAUCAGGAAGAGCUAACAGCUGCUCAGGAGGAUAAGCAGCAGCUCCAGCAGAUGGGAGAGCGUUUAGUCAAAGCUAGUCAUGAGAGCAAAGCGUCAGAAAUAGAACAUAAACUCGUCAAGGUCAGUGAUCGUUGGCAGCACCUGCUCGACCUGAUCGGUGCUAGGACCAAAAAACUGAGGGAGACUCUGGUAGCUGUACAGCAGCUGGAUAAGAACAUGAGCGGCCUGCGUUCCUGGCUGGCACACAUUGAGACAGAGCUUUCGCGUCCUAUUGUCUAUGACACCUGCGACUUUCAGGAGAUCCAAAGAAAACUGGACCUGCAGCAGGAGCUGCAGAGAGACAUAGAGAAGCACAGCACAGGUGUGGCCUCUGUCUUAAACCUGUGUGAGGUGCUGCUUCAUGACUGUGAUGCUUGUGCUACAGAUACAGAAUGUGACUCUAUCCAACAAGCCACACGCAGCCUGGACCGCCGCUGGAGGAGCAUCUGUGCCAUGUCAAUGGAGAGAAAGCUUAAGAUUGAAGAGACGUGGAGACUCUGGCAGAGGUUUCUGGAUGACUUCUCACGCUUCGAGGAAUGGUUGACGAUGUCCGAAAGAACAGCUGCCUUACCAAACUCUUCUGGUGUGCUUUACACAGUGGCCAAGGAGGAGCUGAAGAAAUUUGAGGCUUUCCAGCGGCAGGUGCAUGAGAGUCUCACCCAGCUUGAACUGAUUAAUAAGCAGUACAGGCGGUUGGCACGAGAAAAUCGCACAGACGCAGCUUGCCGUCUACGGGAGAUGGUACAUGAUGGAAACCAACGGUGGGAUAACCUGCAGAGAAGAGUGUCCUCUAUCCUGCGCCGGCUUAAGCACUUUAUUAGCCAAAGAGAGGAGUUUGAGACAGCCAGAGACAGCAUACUGGUGUGGCUAACAGAGAUGGACCUCCAACUAACUAACAUUGAGCACUUCUCAGAGUGUGAUGUCCAGGCCAAAAUCAAACAGCUCAGGGCAUUCCAGCAGGAGAUUUCACUGAACACAACCAAAAUUCAGCAUAUCUUGCAGCAUGGGGAGGCAAUGAUAGAGAAGAGUGAGCCUCUGGAUGCUGCAGUUAUCGAAGAGGAGUUAGAGGAGUUACAGCACUACUGCCAGGAGGUAUUUGGGCGAGUGGAACGCUACUACAAGAAGCUCAUCCGUCUACCAGUACAUUUCACAGAUGAUGAGCAAGAUAUUUCAUGCUCGGAUCGGGAAUUUGAUUUAGACGAGCCAGCCGAUGUGUCCAGCCUUCCAUGGAGUGAGCGUCUAGGUGACAGUCAACUCUCUCCAGUGCCCUCCUCAAGCCGAUCACCCUCCUUGGCUGUCCCUCUUCGAACAGAGCAGUCAGGUCGAGACACUCCAGCUAGUGUUGACUCUAUCCCCCUGGAAUGGGACCAUGAUUACGAUCUGAGUCGUGGCCUAGAGAGCACCACCAGAUCCUCAGAGCAAGGAGAAGAUGGCAAGGACGGCGCAUACAUUCAGGGCUCGGCAUCUGCACUCUCAGAUGUAGUGAUCCCAGAGAGCCCAGAGGCAUAUGUAAAACUAACAGAGAAAACACUGAGAUCCAUCUCUGGGGAGGCAGCCUCGUUUGAGACUCAUUUCCGGCAGCUUGCGAAGGCCCUUGACACCAGUCACUUCCACCUCCAGCAGACUGAGAACGUCAUCCGCAGCCGCACACCUACUGGCCCUGAGCUGGAUGCCUCUUACAUGGGCUAUAUGCGGCUCCUUGGAGAGUGUCGUGACAGUAUUGAUACAGUGAAGAAGGUCAGCUGUGAUCUGAAGGAGGAAGAACACAAGAUGGCAGGAUUUGUGAACCCCAACAGUUCUGAAUCACAGACCUCAGGGGUAAUUGAUCGCUGGGAACUGCUGCAGGCACAAGCUCUCAGUAAAGAGCUACGUAUGAAGCAGAACCUGCAGCAGUGGCAACAAUUUAACUCAGACCUUAACAGCAUAUGGACCUGGCUGGACCAGGCUGAAGAGGAGCUGGAGCAGCAGCGGAAGCUGGAUGCUAGCGCUAAUAUCCACACCAUUGAGCUGCGCAUCAAAAAGCUCAAGGAACUACAGAAGGCUGUGGAUAAGCGGAAAGCCAUUGUGCUGUCCAUAAAUCUGUGCAGUUCUGAAUUUGUCCAAUCAGCCAAUGAAGAUUCUCAGAGGCUGCAGGGCCGACUGAAGGAAAUGAAUAACCGAUGGGAGCGGCUGUCCAGCUCUUUAGACGAAUGGAGGAGCUCUCUCCAAGAUGCACUAAUGCAGUGUCAGGACUUCCAUGAAAUGAGUCAUGGUCUUUUGCUGUGGCUAGAGAAUAUUGACCGCAGGAGAAAUGAGAUUGUCCCCAUCGAUCACAGUCAGGGCACUGAGACUCUACACGGACAUCAUAAAACCCUCUCGCAAAUUCGCCGGGAGCUGCUUGACUCUCAGCUGAAGGUGGCGCUGUUGCAGGACAUGUCACUACAGCUGUUGGUCCACUCAGAGGGCACUGAAUGCCUGGAAGCCAAGGAGAAGGUGCAUGUCAUUGGCAACCGUCUCAAGAUGCUAUUGAAAGAGGUUACACGAGACAUCAGAGACCUGGAAAAAACCCUGGACAUCACCAGCAGUCAGCAGGAUCUGUCAUCUUGGUCAUCUGCUGAUGAACUGGACACAUCCGGUUCCUUGAGCCCUGUGUCUGGAAGAAGCACUCCCAGUCGGCACCGAUCGAAACGGGGCAAAAGUAGUCUGUCACAGCCUGGACCCUGUGUGAGCAGUCCACACUACAGGUCUCUCAGCGCCGCUGGAUCCGAUUCCUCCCAUUCUGAGGAGAAGGAGUUGCCCUCCUGGUGUAGAACUUUCCUCCGACGAGUUCUUUGGGCCUCACUGCCUGUGCAGCUGCUUCUGCUGCUAUUGGUGGCCUUGGCCUGUAUGGUGCCUAUGUAUGAUGAGGACUACAGUUGCUCCCAGUCUAACAACUUUGCCCACUCUUUCCAUCCUAUGCUCAGCUACACAAAUGGGCCUCCACCUAUGUGAGCUUGGUUUUUAUAUUAGACAGUUCUGUCUGUCUUCAGUUCAGAGUUCUCAGAUUUUACUCUGACUGGGACCACUAGAUUAGCAUCCAGCGCUGAUCAUGUUUCUGUCUUUAUAGCUAAAUAGAGCUGCUAAGUUUACUCAUGUCUUGUGUGGAUGUUUGGAAAAAAACUCUUUGCACUGAAAACUAUUAUGCUGUAAGACAGGUGGUUGCUGGCUGUACAGUUCUUCCAAAUUUCAAAAAGAGAAAUAUAUAUAUAUAUAUAUAUAUAUAUAUAUAUAUAUAUAUAUAUAUAUAUAUAUAUAUAUAUAUA